AGCAGCAGAACCAGAGCAAGUCCAAACGAAAUCCAGUAUGGCAGUAUGUGCCAUGCAUCAUUGGAUGGACUAUGCAGAAUGAUCAAUCGCGAGUUUAGUUCCAAACUAUUUUUUCAAACUUUUCACAUCAAAACUUUUUCACACACAAACUUCUAACUUUUUCGUCACAUCAUUCCAAUUUCAACCAAACUUCCAAUUUUAGCACGAAGUAAACACACCCCAAUUUGCUUCUCUCCAGACUCUCUAGACUCCUCUGUUUGACGUCCUUGUACUGAUCCAGCUACCUACUCCACUCCACUACCAUCAAUCAUUCAAUCAUCGCCGCCUUAUCUUUCCCAAUUCGAUCGAUCGACCACCUGCCAUGCCGUCCGGCUACGACGACGACCGCCUCCGCGAGCUCAAGGCCUUCGACGACACCAAGGCCGGCGUCAAGGGCCUCGUCGACGCCGGCGUCACCGCCGUCCCGCGCAUCUUCCACCACCCUCCCGACCCCACACCGGUCGCCUCCGCCGCCGACGCCGCCGACGCCGACGCCAUCCCGGUCAUCGACCUCGCGCGCGCCGACGCCGACCGUGACAGGGUGGUCGCCCAGGUGAGGUCGGCGGCGGAGUCGGUGGGCUUCUUCCAGGUGGUCAACCACGGCGUGCCGGCGCGCCUCACGGACGGGAUGCUCGCGGCGGUGCGGCGGUUCAACGAGCGGCCGGCGGCGGCGAAGGCGGCGUUCUACACGCGCGACGCGGCGCGGCGCCGCGUGAGGUUCAACUCCAACUUCGACCUGUUCGAGUCCCCCGCCGCCAACUGGCGCGACACGCUCUUCUGCCAGGCGGCGCCGGACCCGCCGGCGCCGGAGGAGCUCCCCGCCGACGUGAGGGGCGUGCUGCCGGAGUACGCCGGGGCGGCGCGGCGGCUGGCGUCGUCCGUCCUGGAGCUCCUCUCGUCGGCGCUGGGGCUGGAGACGGGGCGGCUGGGGGGGAUGGGCUGCGCCGACGGCGUCAGCGUGGUGAGCAACUACUACCCGCCGUGCCCGGAGCCGGAGGCCACCGUCGGCACGGCGAGGCACUCCGACCCGGCGUUCCUGACCGUGCUCCUGCAGGACGGCAUGGGCGGCCUCCAGGCGCUCCUCGGCGGGCGGUGGGUGGACGUCCCGCCCGUCGCCGGCGCGCUCGUCGUCAACGUCGGUGACCUGCUCGAGCUCGUCAGCAACGGGAGGAUGAGGAGCGUGGAGCACCGGGUGGUGGCCAACCGGAGCAGGGACGCGGCGCGGGUGUCCGUGGCGGCGUUCUGCAACGUCGACCUGGGCCGCGAGAGCAGCCGGAGCGGCAGGCUGUACGGCCCCAUCGCCGAGCUCACCGCCGGCGGCGACCCGCCGCGGUACAGGAGCACCACCGUCGCCGAGUUCCUCGCGCACUACGACGGCAAGGGCCUCGACGGCCGCCCCGCCCUCCACCACUUCCGUCUACCUGCCGCCGCUAGUCUAGAUUAGCUAUAUCAGGGUUUAAUCUUCUGUUUUUUAAUUGGCGUUUGUAUCGGAGGGAUGCCGAUAUACUGAAAUUUGGCCAAAUUUAAAUAAAAAUAUUAUCGAAUUCAUAUAAUAAAAUGAAAUUUUUUUUAAGAAAUUCUGGCCGAAAUAAUGUUAUAUUGGGAGGGUCUGAUAGGACCGAAAUUUCUAAAAUUUUGUUCCAGAAUUUUGAACGAGGCUA